AUGCCACUGGCGGUGUUUCUGAGGGAGACCAUCUACGACAUCACGCAGUCAUUCUCUAAGUCAUACGGGCUCAUGGCGGAAGAAGGAGAUGGCACAAAUAUUGUGGGUGAUGCGCUGUUCCAUAUUCUGUGCAGCGUCUACUUCCUCAAGCUGAAGCUCCUCAUGACGUCCCGGAACGUCGAAGUGGUCCACUUCAUCCCGGCACUCACCCUAACGCAGCUGCUGGGAGUGGUGGGCGGUUACAUGGGCUUCUGGAUGGAGCUGUCUACUCUCAAGGUUCUCUGGCGACUUAUCAUGGUGCUUCAGGGCUGCCUGGCGUCAGCGAAUGGCCGGCUAGGGCCUUUGGCUCGAACCCGGGUGCGUUUCACUUCGUGGCUCGUGCUCGUGGUGGUAGCUGGCGCGUGCACUUUGGUGUGCCUGGCCAGCUCGGUGUGGGAUGUUCGUAGCUACAUGCAGUACCGCACGACUGUGCAGUUCGAGCAGCAGCCACUAUCGGGUAUCGCAUUCCCAGCUAUGACGAUCUGCAACGAGAACGGGUAA